AUGGCGCGAACCACGUUUUUGGCGCAUUACAUCGAGUUCCUCAUGUCGCCAGCCGGCGCUUUCGCCCUUCUGUUCGUCCUCCCGCUUGUGUUCUACAUAUACACGGAGGCUCGGAGACGCAGUAGAGGAGGCACAUUCUCGAUUCCAGGAUGCCUGAGACUUGUGCGACAAGCCAAAAGCAAUCUCGGCGAUCAGUACAACUCUAUCGCCCCGGAAGACUCAACGCCUCGAGUCAAGUCGCUCUUCGUCUAUCCCGUCAAGUCCUGUCGUGGCGUGGAGCUCUCAGCAUCCGAGGUCACUGGCACUGGUCUCAAAUACGACCGACUCUUCUCUUUCGCCCAACUCGUUUCCAGCAAGAAGCAGGCUUCGGCUGAUUUGGGAGGCAUCAGCGAGGUCAACUCGGAGGUCUCUCAUCAAUGGCGGUUCAUCACUCAGCGAGAGGUUCCGCGUCUUGCGCUUCUCUCUACGGAGCUCUGGAUCCCAGAUCCUCGCAAGACCGCAGCCACACCAAUGCACACGAAGCUCAGCAGCAAGGUUGCCAAUGGUUCGGUUGCUCCUGGUCUGACUUAUAGAAAGGGUCAGAGCACCGAGAACGGUGUACCAAAAGCAGGUGUAGCGUCUCGAGACCAUGAGUCGGCCGACCGCAUCGAGGACUGGAGUGCCAACGGUGGAUGUCUGGUCAUUCGCUUCCCUUACGAGCAGUAUGGCUCCAUCUUCGGCAGUGCUACUGAGCUCAUCACCGUCAAGCUUCCACUACAGCCCGGCCCUGAGAGAGCGAAGGCCAAAGCUUACACCUAUGAGAGUAUGGCCAUCUGGAAAGACUGCCCCGAAUCGGUCAACUUGAGCAACGAGAUCGAGGCCGAGUCGCUUGCAAAGCUCAAGUACUUCCUUGGCGUCACCAACCCACUUGCGCUCUUCCGUGUGGAUGACGGGAACUUGCGUGCAGUCACUCGCGGUUUGCCGAGGGAUCUACCAGAUGAGAAGUUCAAAGUCGGCUUCGCAGACGCUUUCCCGGUUCAUGUUCUAAACAUCGCCAGCGUGCGUGCAGUCGAUGAUUCGCUCCCUGGCGAAGCUAAAGUGAAGGGAAGUCUCGACUCCCGACGCUUUCGCGCCAACAUCUACGUCUCUGGUCCAGCUGCCUUUGCUGAAGACAAAUGGAUGCGGAUCUCUGCUGGACAACCGCUGAUAGGCCAUCGCACAUCAGGAAUCGCAGAAUACCACGCUGCAUGCCGUACCGCUCGCUGCACCCUUCCCAAUGUGCACCCAGAUUCCGCGAUGAAAGACAGAAACGAGCCACAUGCCACACUCAAGCGCACACGCCAGGUCGACGAAGGUGCGAAGCCUCAUCCUUGUCUUGGCCUCUCCAUGAUUCCCCUCUUUCAGCAGGGCAUCAUUCGUUGCGGGGACAAGAUUGAGGUGCUUGAGGAGGGUGAACAUGUGUAUGAGAAGAUGUUCAAGUAA